AUUUAGGUGUUAUGAGUCUCCUUUUUUUGCUAUCUUUCUUCUCUUUCUUCACACACACACUGGUAAGAUGGCCUCGGCGCAUGACAGAGCUGUACUCCAAGCUAUAUUCAACCCCAACACCCCCUUCGGAGACAUUCCUGGCCUUAACCAAGAGGAGGAAUUAAUUGAUGAUGACAGUGGCUUUGACACAGAGUUGCUGAAGCAAGUGAAAGAGUUGGAGAUGCGGGGUGUCUCAGCAGCAGAGGCUGGGGAUUUGCAAGCUGCACUUCAACUGUUCAGCCAGGCAAUCCAGAUCCUGCCUCAGCGAGCUUCAGCCUAUAACAACCGGGCACAGGCCCUGCGGCUGCAGGGGGACACAGCAGGAGCCCUGGACGAUCUGGACCGAGCAGUUGCUCUGAGCUGCAGCGCUGGACGAACUGCCUGCCAGGCGCUGGUGCAGAGAGGCCUUCUCCGUAGAUUAGCAUGCCAGGAUGAUGAAGCCAGGGCGGAUUUCGAGAAAGCAGCUGCACUCGGAAGCGAAUUCGCUAAACAACAGGCCAUAUUGCUUAAUCCGUACGCCGCCCUGUGCAACAAAAUGCUGACAGAGGUGAUCAACAAACUACGCAACCCUGAAGCGGCUGAGAUGCAGUAGCUAAUGGAGACAAUUUGAUAUGUGCGCACCUUUUUCUGUUGUGGAGUCAAUAAAAUUACCUUUUAAUAUGC